AUGCGAAGACUGGAAACGAGGGAGAAACAUGCAACCAUACGAGAUGAAGGCAAGUCUAAGAGACAAAUUACGCUGAAAACUACCGUCAGAGCAAUUCCGUCAGAGUGCUUCAACUGGGUUCACAAGAUGCCAGAGAUCAUAGGUAAAUUAAUGAAGCCGGAUGGCACAGUCGCUACGGAGCUCGAAAAGCAGGUCUCCCAAGCCCUCGUUGACCUGGAGAGCAGCACCGAUAUCAAGGCUCAACUCCGUGAGCUCUAUAUUGUUGGAGUUAGGGAAAUCGAAAUUGGAAACAAGUCUGUUAUCGUCGUAUAUGUGCCUGUUCCUCAAUUGAAACAAUUCCACAAGGUCCAAGUGCGACUUGUUCGCGAGUUGGAGAAGAAAUUCGGAGGGAAACAUGUUUUGUUCUUGGCAAAGCGACGUAUACUACCAAAACCACUACGUGGAUCAAAAAAAGUCCCAAUGAAGCAGAAGAGACCACGCUCCCGUACUCUCACUGCUGUACACGAAGCAUGGCUUGAUGAGAUGGUCUUCCCUGCUGAGGUUGUCGGAAAACGCACUCGAGUUAAGCUGGAUGGGAAGAAACUCCUGAAGGUGCACCUUGACAAAGCGCAACAGACGAACGUUGAGCACAAGGUCGACACAUUUGUGGCCGUGUACAGGAAGCUCACAGGGAAAGAAGUUGUGUUCGAAUUCCCAGAUCCCAUCUUCUAA